GUAUCUAUUUUAUAAUUGAAAUUCCCUUACAACUAAAAUCCUGUCGAACCUCUUCAACUCAUUCUUGAAAUUUUGACAAUGUUCGUUGUGUACGUCGUUCGUGUGAACUAUAGUAAAGAAUUCGGUGUAAGUUAUUUGUCACUGGUACGUAUAACUAGAAAGUUUAUUUUAAUGCACAUAUUAAGAGGAAUUUAAGCAGUUAAGAGAAAUAUGUUGAUCUUUGCAUAUAUACUAAGUACACAGUUUAAUGUUUAUUAAGUUCAUAUCUUUGAUGACUAACCAUCUCUACAUACGAGGUUCAUAAUUAUUCAAGCAUUGCUUCUCGCCUAUACAUAGGUAGUACGGAUUGGAUAUAAAAUAGACAGGUCGCAACGGAUUUCUGUUUACAGUGUGGUAGAUAUAUGACAACAGUCUAAUGCGCAGGAAUAUUGGCAUACACAGACUUCUACUUAAAAGUGGUUACUCGUCAAAAUUUACCAGCGAGAGUACUACAAUGACGUCUUCUGUAUCAAUACCACACAUUUCGCAUAAAUAACUUAUACGAUGGAUUCUGGUGAAAACAAACACGAUGCUGAGUACAAUGUGUCCACCGAAAAGACAAACGUUGAUUCAAGCACAUCUGGCACGGGGUACCAACCGCGGAAGUCUCGAACCCGUUUGAUUAUUAUUGGAGUGGUAGCUGCUGUCAUUGUUCUUGCUGUCGUCAUCGUAGUUGUUGUUGUAGUUGUCACGCGAACGAAAAAUGUUGAUGAAGAGGCAGAGAAGGAAACAACUACUAUUGAAGAUGAAACAACAGGUUGCGGACCUUUCAACGUAACGUACUCUGAUAAAGCUCCAACUUUUAUAGUUUCAAGUGGGUCAUUGUUUUACAUGACUGGUUGCAAAAUAAGUGGUAAUUGCUGGACAAGAAAACAGUGUUACGAUUGUCUUGAAGGCCCUAACAGGGACAGAGUCGGGAAUCUCAACCAUAUACCUGUGUGUUGUCCAGACUGUGGAAGAUACGGGCUCUCGCUGUCAUGGUCCAGCUGUAACUGUAAUAACCACGGACUCUGAGCUUACAGAUGUUUCCAGAAAUAACGACAGUGCCAAAACGUUUGUGAGCAAAUUGGAUGGGGGACAAUUACACAUAAAUUAAAAAUUAUUGAAAUAUGUUUUAAUGCAUGAUGUUCAGUUUAAAUUCAUAAGUAACAAUCGUCGUUUAUGAAGUUAUCAUUUUGAAUCUGUACUAAGAUUUUGUUAUACAAUGUACAUAUAUUGUGCGUUUUAUUCGACCUGGCGGGGCGGAGUUAAUUAAUCUCUUACUUAUGCAAAUAAUGGUAAUCUCAUAAAACGAGCAAAAUAGGUAGUGCAAUAUAAUUGUUUAAUUCCGUAACCAACGACUACAUUUCAACGCUACAUUGGUUACAAUGAUUGUAGAGAUGGUACCUACCCAAGAAAAUAUAAGGGGAACAACUCUGAUUUGACAAAUAAACUGAAGCCAACAUAAAACAUUGGUCAAAAGUGAAAGAAAAAUCAAAUAGCUCCUUUUACCAACAACUGAUCAGGCAGACAAAAUAUGACCUACAUUUGUUUAAAUCUCUUUCUAUUCAAUAUACAACAUGCACACUUUUCUCAUGGCUUACACUGACAGUUAUUUUAUAAGUUGUAGUGAGGCCUUGAUUGAAAGUUUAGUAGUGCAUGAAAAUAAAGUAAAAUAAUGCAUAAAUUCCAUUAAAGAACUUUUAUGACAUUAAGAAACGUUAUUAAGUUUUGAUCUUUUAGCCAAAGUUAUUUAUUUUUCUCAGUGAUGAUACAUUGGUUUACACAAAAUUUAUAUACUAAAAUAUAAAAUGUAUACAUUGUAUAUCCAACAAUGAGAAAUUACAAAAAAAAAGUUAAAUUGGUAUCACGUUUGUGUAACAACGUAGCUAGACUGGUUAUAUUCAUGAACAUUUAUUAAACCUUCCAUGAAUAUUUAUCAACAUGCAAAGUUGUACACCCCACCCCCGACCUCGCUCCUCCGCCAAGUCACUCCACCACCCCCAUAAUGCACAGCCCACCCAACCCCCAACGUUUUCCAUCAAUAUUCAUUAUCAACAUGUGAUCAAUAUUUAUUAUCAACAUGUGAAGAUUUGUACCCUCACCCGGCCCCUCCAAAAAAAAUGUUUUCAUUCCAUUUUUUAAUUUUUCAAACCUUCCAUGAAUAUUUAUCAAUAUGUGAAGUUGUAACUAACCCCACCCCACCUCCCCUUCACCCCACCCCGUCAACAUCCACGUUCCAGAAAAUGUACAUGUUAAACAGCCGUAGGCAAAAACGUGUACUUUCAAGUUUUCCAUCUCUACGUCCGCAGCGUUAAAAUAGUAAACAUUCCAUUCAAAAUAAUUUCAUUAGCCAGGAUCACCUUAACAGACAAAUUAUUAUGUACACUUAAAACAUCCGUUUUCUGUUAAAUUGAUCCUGACUAAUGAAAUUAUUUGCUUCUUAGUAACAUCCUUAACUUUUUGCCGGAUAUAAUUCUUUGCCAUUCCUCACCACAAACCCAUUCAGUGGGGGACACCAAUUCAUCGAAUUUGCUUGUUAAAUAUUGAAAUAAAACAAAAUUAUACUAGUUCAUAAAUCAUGUUAUUAUAUUAAAACAACCUUUAAACUAGAGAUGCUUUUGAGAAAAGCGCAUGUCUCCCACAACUGCCCCUAUGAAAAAUGUUAGUUUCUCUAGAUGUUUUAGACGAGUGGAUCCAAUUAGAUGGUCUGGAUGAGUGGAUCCAAUCAAUAAUUCAAGGGCCAUAAAUCAAAAGUGCCUGGGCGGAUUUGGCUAGUUAUCGAACUUGGGUAAGGUCUUAUGGCCAAACACAUUUUGUUCAAGUUUGGUGAAGAUCGGAUGAGAAAUGUUCGACUUAGAGAGCGGACAAGAGUAAACAGACAGAUUUUUCCGGUAAUUCAAGGACCAUAACUCUAAAAUGCCUGGACCGAUUUGGCUAGUUAUCGAACUUGGCCGAGGUCUCAUGGUCAAACACAUUUUGUUCAAGUUUGGUGAAGAUCGGAUGAGAAAUGUUUGAUGAAGAGUGCGGACAUGAGUAAAAAGGCCAAUUUUUCGAUAAUUCAAGGGCCGUAACUCCAAAAUGCCUGGACCGAUUUUGCUAUUUAUCGAACUUUGCCGAGGUCUCAUGGUCAAACACAUUUUGUUCAAGUUUGGUGAAGAUUGGAUGAGAAAUAUUCGAAUAAGAGUGCGGACAAGAGUAAAAAGACCGAUUUUUGGUAAUUCAAGGGCCAUAACUCCAAGACGCCUGGACCGAUUUGGCUAGUUAUCGAACAUGGCCGAGGUCUUAUGGUCAAACACAUUUUGUUAAAGUUUGGUGAAAAUCGGAUGAGAAAUGUUCGACUUAGAGUGCGGACAAGCUUUGUGACAGACACACACACAGACACACUGACAGACUGGAGUAAAUCAAUAUGUCUCCCACACCACUGUGUGGUGGGAGACAUAAUAACCAGAAAAUGCAGGAAAUCGCUCACAUACCGUGGGAGCUUUAGGAUACCCCCGGACCCCCUAACAUAGACUAAUUUUUAAUAUUAUGAAUAUAGCAAGUCUAUAUCCUGUAUCAUUAUAAUGAUAAUGUAACUUAAAAUCAGUUCUCUGAGAAAAAGUCUCUAAAGUAGACUGACAUUUGUCGCUGUUUCGUAAAAUAAAAGAAAAAAUACAAAAAGUUGAAAUAUUGUGACUAAGUCUUUAUUAUCAGUCUAGUGGCUAGUCUACCCCUUACACUGCCUCGGUUAAAAUUUUUGUCUGUCUACGGUACUAAAUACGGCUAAGUUAGAUUGAAUAACCUAUACUGAGAUUAACUAAUAUGGUUCAAGUACUAAAUGACGAAUACCUCGAAUACAAGAGGCACAGAUCUACGGUUCAAAUCCCAGUCUCAGAUGAUAUUUUACCCUAUUUAACUGCUUCAAAUUGGCGUAACGGUUGCGCGAAGAAACUGAUUUUUUGAUUUGAAAAUAACGGCACACAGAAACACAUCUACGUUGUUUUGGGUUUUAAAUGCCAUUUUACAAUUUAUUUUCAUUUUGUUUUGUGAAUAAACAGUGUGUAAUAAAAUGAAAAUGAUUAAUAGAUGAAAAUGACAAUAAUGUUUAAUUGGUUUCGAAAAUGAACACAGAGUUGGAUUAAUUACCAUCUUGGAAAACAAUUAAUAAAAUUGUCAAUCGUAAAUAAAUUAUACAACAUAAAAAAUGCUCACGAGCUUACAGCUAUCAAUAGCAUACAUGUUAUGUUCAUUCCUCUCUACCACGAUGCAUUUAAUAAACAUAUUUAGUCUAAAACUAAUACACUUCAAUUGUUUUGAUACUAAUAACAUAGCUCUUUUAUCUAUUUUCAACAAACGCUUUUCAUGUUAUUGAUUAUAAUUUAUAAUUGAUUGGUCAUGUACAUUGCUGUAUGUAAAAUAAACACUUGACUGAUAACAAAAGUCUUUAUUAUCAUUAUUUUCUUCAUUACUGCUUUCAGAGAUUUUCUCACGUCAUGACGUAUUAGACUU